AGAUCCAAAGCACCUGUUCAACUCAUCUGCUAUUUCCUUGAUCCCCAUAAUAAAUUCAUCUUUUUCAUGCUAAUUCACCCAUUGAUGAGGUCACGGGGAGUCACAAGGGGCCCAUUGAUGAGGUCAGGGGAGGCAUCGAUGUGGUGAUAGUUACGUCCCUGCUCCAGCCCACAGUCAACUGGACGAACCAUCAGUGAAGCAUGAUGCACCAAAUACUGCUUUUGACUCUGGGCACUCUGGCUCUAAUGGGCGGCUUGCCCAAAUUCAUGAAACAGGAGGAUGACUUGGCUUACUGCUCGGGCACAGCCCCCUGCUCCCUGGCCUUCCUGUCAAACAACCCACUCAGCCUGCGUUGCCCAGCUGCCACUGAAGCACUUGAAGACACCGUCUACUGGCAGUACCAGGACCUCAGCCAGCCUCAAACCAAACCCCGCACCUUCAUCGGACCCAGGCACUUGAGGGUGUACCGUGGGCCAAUGGGCAAACUGGGAAGACGAGCCAAGCUACGGAGAGGAUCCUUGAUCAUGAACAAGGUGGAGACCUCAGACACGGGCCUGUACCUGUGCAAGUCGGCUGACUCCACCCUAGCCGCCUACCAGGUAGAUGUGCAGGACUCGUCUCUGCUUUACGUGUCCCACCAAGGGCUGGGGGAAAACAUUUUGUCAAACCAGAGCCUGAGGGUCAACUUGGGCUCUUCCCAGUACAUGGUCCGGCUCUACACCCGCUGGGGACCAUGGCAGGACUGUGACCGAUGCAAGGUGAUGGGGGAGCAGAAGAUGAUGGGCUUCUGCUAUGCCAAGCUAAGCGAGAUGGACAAGGACGAGGAAGAGGACGAGGAACUGGAGGUAAAUGGAGCCACCUUGCCCUGCGGCCUAAUGGAGCUGCACAUUGGGCAGUCCUUGCCCCAGCGCGGCGCCGAGCUCCACUACCAGAUGUGCCGCGAAUCGUGCGAGAAGGAGGAAAUACCAACGGAGAUCGUAGCCAAUCUGUUGCCGGAGAUUGGCGAUUGGUGGUGGUCGGGUCGGGAGACUGCGUUCAACUGGAUGGAGCCUCGCAUGCUACUGCAGACGGUGUACCUCGACAUCCAUGACAAUGCCCGGAUGACAUGCCCGGGGGCAUCAGUGUAUACGCCCGUUCUAUGGCAGCGCGACUCCACAUUCAUCACCCGAGGUGGCAACUGUAACGGGUCCCACCAGCUGGACGACACCACGGGCGGCGGCAUCUACCAAAUCGAAAGCGUGAAGCCCUCCGACCGCGGCAUUUACCGCUGCUGGGUGCAUGGGCAUAAGGUCGCCUCCUUCCACCUCGAGACGCCCGAGCUGCCAGUAGUGCACCACCGCGUCACCCGGCGACUGCUCGAUGGCAUGAGAAUCUUGGUCGGCACGAUCGCCAUGGUCUUCGUGAUCAGCGCCGUGGCUGAGACACUGUACACCUGCUUGUUUGAGAUCUACUAGUUCAACUGCCUCCUCCAGAACAUAAAGACCACAAGACACAGGGGCAGAAUUAGGCCCACCUCCGCCACUCUAUCAUGGCUGAUUCAUUUUUCCCUCUCAAUUCUUGACAACUUCUGAAAU